AUGACAGACUCGUUUCCAGUCCUAGCCGUAUCAUCUUCCCUCACGACCCUCAAAGGAUUUUCCAAAGAUUUAAGAACGUAUCUCAUUAUGGGCCGUCUAUUCGGGUCGGGAUUAAGACAGGACUUGGCGAUAACUGCCAUGGCCCACACUUCCUCCAAGAGAUCCUCGUCGAUAAUCAGUUUCGGGUCAACAAUGCUCGUGACAAGCUCCAUGUCAUACAGAUUGAUGUUCAAUAAUGUUGCCUCUAAUAUCUCCUUCAGAUUCGAGUCGUUAGCCGAACUAAUUCCCAGGUUGCCCGUCACAAGCUCGAGCAGAACCUUCCCGAAACAGUACACGUCAUACUCUCGCGUUUCUUUUAUUACUGUACCUGAUCAAAAAUUUGAGGUACCCGUGGACGAGAGGCGGAUAACAGUCGUGGUGCAGGUAAGCCAGGCCCUCGGCAACUCCCCUUGCUAUCUUCCACCGCGAGAUCCAAUCCAACGACCGCAAUCCGUCCACGUCAUCGCCGUCCUUCUCGAGAUAGAAGGCGUUCGCGAGAUCCCUCCUCGGCAGGUACCUGUAGAUGUCAACUCGGACGAGAACGCGCCGCCGUUCGCAAACCCGAACCGCUUCACCACGACGGGUUCGGAUAUACGCCAGACGAAGAGGUCGCCGGAGCUCCCCCGCGCGAGGAGGUUCCGAUCGCUGAAGUUGUCGGUGGCCAUGGCGAUCAAACGGCGGGGGAACCUCGAGAUCAUCCCUAGAUCCGAUGGCAGUGGGAGUGGGGGCUCGUGUUCGGGUUUGCGGAAGCUUCUGGAAUGUUCUGGAUAA